CGGGGCCUGGCUAGCUAUAGGCUAUAGCUUGCUCGCUCGCGCUCUCUCUCUCUCUCUCUCUCUCUCUCUCUCUCUCUUGCUUUGCAGUUGCAGUUGCAGCUUUAUUUGCUCGGUCUAGUGAGUCUACCACCAACUUAACAAUGGCCUCCCUCUCCUCUGCCGCCGUCACCGCCCCUUCCUUCGCGGCUGCCAGGCCAGCCCGCGCCGUUGCCAGCAGGCGCUCUGCUGCUGCUUUCACCGUGCGCGCCUCGCUCGGCAAGGCCGCCGGCACCGCCGCCGUGGCCGUGGCCGCCAGCGCCCUGCUCGCCGGCGGCGCCAUGGCCCAGGAGGUGCUGCUGGGCGCCACCGGAGGCGUCCUCGUCUUCGAGCCCAGCGAGUUCACCGUCAAGGCCGGCGAGGCAAUCACCUUCAAGAACAACGCCGGGUACCCACACAACGUCGUCUUCGACGAGGACGAGGUGCCCAGCGGUGUCGACGCCGCCAAGAUCUCGCAGGAGGAGUACCUCAACGCGCCGGGAGAGACCUACUCCGUCACGCUCACCGUGCCGGGAACCUACGGAUUCUACUGCGAGCCGCACCAAGGAGCCGGAAUGGUCGGCAAGGUCACCGUCAACUGAUAUAUAUAUAUCUAUCUAUCUACGUCUGUACUGCUAUCGAUAGAUCAUCAGAGUCAUCUCGAUAUGAUCCAUCCAUCUUGUACCAAGUUCCAUGCAUGCUUUGUAUGCAUGCUAUUAUAUUGCUUCAGCAUAUAUAUAUCAUCGGCAAUUGAAUUCGGCAUC